GCCAGCUCCAGUCACGUGCCAAAGUCUUCGAUCUCGACAAGCUCUCCAUCUCAAAUUCUCCAAAUUUCUAUCUUUCCCGCUUUCUAACCCCCACAAACUCACAUUUUUGAUCUUGAAGGCAGUUUGACCUUCCGAGCGUUCCCCAUCGAUUGUUCCGCUGGGGUUUCUUCCCUCCCGAUGGGUGGAUCUCUCUGCGCCGCCCAGGACAGUGGAUGCUGUCGAGUUCGACAACGAUGGCACCUCCGAGCGGGUCGGCGGCGUACAAGAAGAAAGAUGGCACCCUGACCAUGUCGCAGGAUCGACAGUCGAUUUCCUGGAUUCCAGCGGCAGGCGGUGCCUCGGGGACGAUAACGAUCUCUGUGGGACAGAUUACGAAUUUACAACAGACACCCGCGAGUAACCCCCGAGUCAUGCUGAAGAUCUUCGCUCUCCCCGCAAAUGCCCCCUCUGCGGCCCCCGAACAGUACAUAUUUUCGUUUACGGCUGGCGCAAACGCACGUCUAGAGGCAGAUGCUAUUAAGGAUGCUUUGAGUGCGGCGAUGAACUCCGCUAAAUCUGCGCAGGCUACACCUGCUCCUGUACCGGGGACCCCGACCCCGACCCCGGGAGCUGGUGGAGAGGGAAUGUCGGCGGCGAUGGCGAUGGCGAGUGCGGUUUCGUCUACAGGAUCAGGGAAGAAUCUUUGGGAUGACGAUAAACGACUCAAGGGCGAUGUGGAGCUGCAGCAGUCGCUACUCAAGUCGGAUGCAAACCUACAGCGCAUGUUUAUGGAGUCGUUGCAUACGAAACCAGAUGCCCUGACCGCGGGGCAAUUCAUGUCGCAGUUCUGGUCAACCAGGCUGCAUCUGCUGCGGGCGCAUGCUAUUGAGCGAUCGCAGACGCGGGGGUCGUAUAAUGUGCUGUCGACACUGAAGCCACGGGUGGAGGAUAAUGUGACGAAGCUGAAUAUUAGCAAGGAGCAGAUCCAGUUGAUAUUCAACCAGCAUCCACUCGUGAAGCGGGUUUAUGAUGAGAACGUUCCUAAGUUGAGCGAGCAGCAGUUUUGGUCACGGUUUUUCCAAAGUCGAUUGUUUAAAAAGCUUCGCGGAGAGCGUAUUUCCGAGACGGAUGCUACAGAUGCUGUUCUUGAUAAAUAUCUCAAGGCGGAUGAGCAUGGGAAUUUGGACCGUGAUGUACAUGUGCCACAUUUCCUUGAUUUAGAAGGAAACGAGGGGAAUAACAGCCAGCGCCGGGGAAACCGCCCGGAUCUGGACAUGAGGCCAUCUGCUGUAGAAAAGGUGCCUAUCAUUCGCACGCUCAAUACUCUGAGCGAGAAGAUAAUGGCGAAUGUUGCUCCCGCGGAUCGCGAUCCGUCGGCGCCUGUGGGGGCGAUCGACGAUGGGACAUACGACGAACUGCAACUGCGCGAUUUACGAGGAGACGAAGAGCAAAACCGCAUUCUACUGAACAUACGAGAUCAGAGCCGGUUCUUCUCGGCACAGGCAAAACUCGCAGAGGAAGAACAAAACCGGCUCUUUGCGCAGCAAGACCCAGAGCAAAUUUUGCAGAAUCUACGCGCAGACCUGGAACGGAACAUUCGUGAUGAUGGAUCCGCGGCCUUGGGCCAGCUUGUGGAUCCGGACGAGGACAGCGACGACGAAAGGGACCCGGGCUCCAAAUCCCGCGCAUACCGACAUCAAGCGUCGAAACAGAUCCUCGACGUGAUCCGCGACCGUCGUGCGCAGACGGAGGUUUCUUCCUCCAGCUCGGAGACUUACGGCCUAUCGUCAACACUGUACGACCGACUCACGCUAACGCACGCCACUUCCACCGAGUUCCUGCAUCAAUUCUGGCAGGCUUUCCUAUCUGGUAACCCGGACCGCGCGGGCGAAGUCGCAUCGUUGGUUGAGUCGCUGACCCGCGCCCUGGAGCGGAUCAAUGCGGUGGCGCAGGACGCGGCGGCAGAGCGCCAGGUCGAAGUGGAUAAAGUGAAGCAACACGCACGGGAAGUGCUACAAGCGACAGGGAAACGGCUGCGGGUGAAUUUGGAUAAUAUACCUGGCGGCGAGAAGGCCGUGAAGCGACUCCUAGGGCCGACGAUCCAGGCAUUGGAGACAGGCUUGACACGGUAUAAGGAGGCGUUAGUCGAGGAAACCAAGAACAUGAUAGAUCCUACCAGUUAAUCCACCUUUCUCCCCCCC